AUGAGAGCAGCAGGUCAAGAAAAGAUCGCACUCAAGAUCAUCAAACAAAACCAUUCAAAGAAGAGAAACAGGUCACGUAAUGGUCAGCUUUGGACAUGGACAUGCAAAUUACCUAUUAACUUAGAGAGGUAUCAGAUCUUCAACGAACUUAAUGCAGAGACAGCAAAGAAGAUGAUGAAAGAUUCAUGUUUCAUCUACGCUUGUAUUCAAGCUGGUGUUGACGAAGCAACAAUUAAUCAUAUGAGGGAAAUCAUUCGUGUCAAAGAUUUUCCAAUGUCAAAGAUUAAGGUUAUUGCCAAAGAAACAGGAAUAAGGUUCCAUGUCAUCAAAUACAACGAGAAGUAUUCAAAUCAUUCAUAUACUUAUGAACCAGAUGAAGAACCAAAGAUGACAGUAGAACUUUUAUUAAUGUAUGACCACUACAUGUUGAACGAAAAGCUUCCAAUAAGUUCAAUGUUCAUCAAGAACUAUGAAGAUGUUUGUAAGUUGUGCAAGGAUUGGACUUUAGAGAAGAAGAUGUUAGUUAACAGAAGAUAUGAAACAAGGUAUGCAAUUAACUCAAAGUUAGUUACACCACUUGCAAAAGUCAUUGAACUCUUGUUUGCUAACAAUUAUUUCGAACCAAUUAGAACAGGAGAACUUUGCACAUACUUCACAACGAUGUAUAAUGAGAACCUUGAAGAAAUGAUUGACCUCACAUACAAUGAGCGUUAUUGCGCAAGGAUGAAGAAAGAUUGGAGUUCAGAGACGAAGAAAGACAUGAAGUUCCCAAGAGAACAUGUUUUCUUUGCUGACUUCGAAGCAUCAACUGAUGGAAACAUUCACAAAGCAUACAACAUUUGUUUCAUGGAAGAUGACGAUGAUGGUUAUACAUCAAUUUGGGGAAGUGACUGUGCGUCAAAAUUCCUCGAAGCUUUACCAGAUAAGAGUUUAGUUUAUUUCCACAACUUAUCGUACGAUGUCACUUUUCUCAUGUCUCAGUUAGAAGAGAUUACAGGAACUCCAAUCAUCAAAGGUUCACAAACGAUGCAGAUACAAGGAAAGUACAAAGGAAAACUUCUCUGCUUCAAAGACUCUUAUGCAAUCAUCUCAACUAAGUUGGAAAGAUUCCCUGAAAUGUUUCACCUCACUAGUGGUGAAAAAGAAGUUUUCCCAUAUAAUUACUACACGGAAGAGUUAGUUAAUACAACUAAAGUUGGUAACAUCGAUGAUGCCAUGAAUCAUGUCAAAGAUAUUGAAGCUUUUAAUGAGAACAUUGAGAAGAUUGAAGAUUGCAAGAUUGAUGAUGAACACUUUGACAUGGAA